CCACGUUUAGGUGACGAUAAUCCCUAGUUUCCACAGGGUACUUCUUAUUAUCGGCAUGUACAGGCAGGUUGAAUUAUAUCUCGUUCGUCGCCGUGUAACGCUACCAUCGGUCUAAUGUAGGUAAGCGUCACGGUUGGCGAGUUGGCGAGUUUCAAUGGAUGUAUAUCUCCAACAUGCGGUCCUCCGGGCCCUCGCGUCAAUGACUAGGUAGUAUCAUGUCGUCUGUUAUUCAGGGUCAAACUUCUCCCACCAGUGUGCUUCCCCAUACAUUAGGGUCCCGACCAUCAACUGCCGGACAUGGCACAUAGAAGGCACAAGGGGUGACAGAGAAUUACAUAAGGUCUGAGCGACCGCGACCUAUUUGAGUUCUCUCGAUCUUGAAUUAUAUCGGUUCAUUACUUUCCUAGCUAUCUCUUGCUCUAUUGAUAUCUGUUGCUGUUUAGUUUGUCUCUCUAUAGUUGUUAUAAUGGCUGCCCCCAAAACUACACCAAAGCUUCUAGACUUGACGAUUGACAACAUCACGCCGAAUACGAUUCGGAUUAACUCGCAAUGUCAAAAUCCGCGCCUACGAUAUUUGAUGUCGCGGCUGGUGACGCAUCUGCACGACUUCGCUCGAGAGACGCGGCUUAGUACAGACGAGUGGAUGGAAGCGCUGAACUUCCUCGUGGGCUGUGGACAAAUUAGUAGCGAUGUGCGCCAUGAAUUCAUCCUGCUCUCAGAUAUUCUGGGCCUCUCCUUAUUAGUCGACAGUAUCAACCACCCAAAGCCGCCGUCGUCGACCGAGGGCUCGGUUCUAGGGCCCUUUCACACGCACGACGCGCCGACGCUGCCCAAUGGGUCAAACAUGGCGUCGGACCCCGAGGGAGAACCGCUACUGUGUAUCUGCACCGUAAAAGACACAGCAGGAAGACCGGUGGCAGACGUCAAGAUUGAUAUCUGGGAAACAGACAGCAGCGGCCACUAUGACGUGCAGCACUCCAAUCGCGGGGAGCCUAGCGAACGAUGCGUUAUGGUGAGCGACAGCGAGGGUCGCUUCUGGUUUAAGGGAAUCAAGCCCGUGAGCUACCCCAUCCCGCACGAUGGCCCCGUGGGGAAACUUCUGGAGAGACUAGGUAGACAUUGCUGGAGGCCCGCGCAUUUACAUUUCAUGUUCGAAAAGGAGGGAUGGGAUCAUUUGAUUACGGCCCUCUAUGCGCGCGGUGACCCAUACGAGACAUCAGACGCGGUAUUCGGCGUGAAGCAAAGCCUAAUAGUAGACUUCGAGAAGGCCGACGCAGCAACAGCGAAAGAAUACGACUUCAAGGAAGGGGGUUUAUUGUUAAAACAUGACUUUGUAUUAACGACAAAAGAGGAGACAGAAAGACUGAGGGAUGAGAACGCGGUGAAGGCCCUCGCGCAGCUUGGAUUGCAGCUAAAGCUUGUCGAUCAUCUACCCGUACCUGAAUUAGACUAGAUAUAUCAGGUAGCUGGAUAGUGCCGUAUUGGCGUGUUUAGAAUAUUUGAUCCCUAUAAGACGAUUCCUAGCCUAUUGCUUUGUCCUUUUCUCUUAACACCAAAAUCCUAUCUAGAACCAGGUAGUAGUCAGGAUAAUUGGUGCCUAGCUAUGAUUAUAUCAAGAUCAAUAUCAUCACCCCACUGCAUUAUUCCCUAACCGGUAUUCUUUGAUAUAGACUGGCUUCCUCCACGGUAGGUACUGCUUAUA